AUUCAUAUCACCUGCAAUUGUAAUCAAUUAAAAUUGUCAAUAAACAACAAUAAUCAUGGACAACUUGCAUGCAUUGACACGCGAAGAUAUAUUGGAGCAGUUCAAAAAGAGGGAAUUGCAUUUAACAAAUGCCAAAGACUUAUCGCUGGAGGAACUACUGGUGAUAUACAAGGGAUUCAUUGUGCCGCUGCCACGCCGCGAGCCACGGGAACGCCGUCAACAGAAGCCCAUGGAAAUCGAUCAGCUGACGGAGCGCAUCAAAGUGGUGUCCAUGGUCGGCGGCAAGCGACCGAUAGCGGAGGAGCCCUGCUGUUCCCAUCAAGCGAAUCGUGAGGCCAAACAAAUCAAGAUGGACCUCCAGUGACCUCCGGCCGACGCGACGAUAAGGAGCGAACC